CAGUUUAGAGAUGAAAUUCUUUGAAUUCAAUUGUAUUUGUAUAGCACUGAUUUAUAACACACCUUAUCUCAAGACACUUUACAUGGUGAGGUCAAGCAACAACUUACAAUUAUAACAAUUAUAGAGAAACCCAAAAGGACUUGACAACAGUGGAGAGAAAAAAAACUCUGACAGAACCAGACUCAGUGUACGAACACGGAGAGAGGAGGGAAAGGAGGGGGGAAGCCCAAAGUAGAAGAAUCCUGAACACUGCUCAUGAUGAUGUCAUCAACAUUGCAGGUAAGAUCAAAGUACUAUGUGUGAACAGAGGAAGAACAUUAGUUAGGUUUAACACUCAAUAAAUCGUGUAAAUCAUUAGCUAUGACACAGUCAUGUCACAGAAGACGUACAGUAAGAUAUGGGCAAAUGCCCAGAGCGAGCUGAGUCUCCUGGUAGCUGAGGAGCUGCCUGACAAACCCCCCGGUCCAGUAUCGGACCGGGAGGCCUUCUUCGAGCAUGUCGCCACACUUUACGUGCGCUACAUCCAAAUUCUCCGACAGUUGGAGAUGGUCUACGACCAGUUGAUUCACCCUCAGAAAAGAGAAGUUGUUCGUGGAGUUCUGGAUGGUGUGAUGGGGAGAGUGUUGGAGCUGAAGAGGGAAAUGGUGGACACGCAAUUGUCAGAGUUCCACAACAUGGAUGAGAUUCUACACAAUUUAAAGCUCAGACCUGUAGACCUUGACAUUCCUAUCCCUCACUAUUUCAUCACUGAGCACAGCCAGGAACGAACUGACAUCCUUAAAGACAUUGCAAUGUCCAAGGCCAUUACGAUCAUUCAGGCGGCAGAGAGGGCCCGUCAAGGACGCCUGGCGGCGAAGUUGAAAGUGAGCAAGACUAUGGAGAGUGACGAGGAAACAUAUUCAGAAAAAGAGGUUUCUGCAGCCCUCUGCAUUCAGAAGGUGUGGAGGGGCUACAUACAGUGGAGGACUUUCAAGACUGCAAAGGAAUCAACGACGAGUGUUCAGGAUGCGAAAAUGCAUUUGCAUGAAAUAAUUGCCCAAACUAAUGAAGCUUGCACACGGAUUAAACAGCAGGAGCAUGAAGAAGAUUACCAAGAGUCCAUAGCAGCAAUCACAAAAGAACUACAAGAUAAAGGUCCUGACAUGAGCAACUCAAUGAAAGACCAAAUCCGCCAGUGGUUCUUAAACUGCCGUUAUUCUACUGGCUCAUUUCCAGAUUAUCCUGAUGAAGAGGAUGGAGGAGGAGCUCUCCUUUUAGCAGACAAGGACCCUGUGCAGUUAAUGAACGAAAUAGCUGCAGUUAAGGAGGCAAAGAAAAAUGACAACUCAAAAGAGAAAGGAGAUAAAAAGGGGAAAGGGAAGGAAAAGAAGACCAAGGGGAAUCAGGAGGAAGAGCUGGAGAUGCAACCCUCAGCUUUUCUGUCAGACUUGCAAGAGGGAAACAAAAUCUAUGAAGAUGUUUGGCAGACCUGUGAUGAGUCCAACAACUUCUACCAGAGACAUGUGGUGCAGCUGAUCAAGGAAGAAAAGAGUAAAGUUAUAGAUGCGGAGAUCCAAGUACAAGUUGAUGAGGAAAUGAGAGAAGAGCUGGCUCAACUGAAACUAAAUGUGGAUAACAUCAAGGAUAAGACCAAAAAAGGAAAAGGCAAGAAAAAUAAAGGCGAUAAAGGAAAGAAGGGGAAAACCGUGAAUGAUCCGACAGAGGAUAGGACUCUUGAGUCUCUGUGUCAAGAGCUGGUGGAACAGAACUUGUUGAAAAUGUCAUAUAAUGUCAGCUUUCAGGAUUACUUUGGCAAUUAUAGCUACCUCGGCACAAUUCUGAAGAAAUAUGACAUUGAAGCCACACCAUCUUUGUUAGAUGUACGGCAUGUGUUAACUCUAUAUGCAGUUUUACCAUUGGGCUCUCAGGUGGUUCAUGAAAAAGCUCCUCUGAUAAAUUCAAUCUUACUGGUAGGGCCAGCUGGAAUAGGAAAAAAGAUGUUGGUCCAUGCAAUAUGUUGCAGGACAGGAGCCACCUUCUUUGAUCUGUCACCUAUGAACACAGCAGGAAAGUACCCAGGCGACGAAGGCCUCAACAUGAUGCUUCACAUGGUCUUUAAGGUUGCACGACUGCUGCAGCCAUCAGUGAUAUGGAUCGGAGAUGCAGAGAAAAUGUUCUACAAGAAAGUUCCCAAGGAAGAAGAAGAGUUCCUCCCUAAACGGUUGGCGGCAGCUCUGCCCAAGCAGCUUAAGAUGAUCAAAGGGGAAGAUCGUGUUCUGAUCAUAGGAACAACUGUAGACCCUACAUGUGCUAAUAUUAAGACAUUGUGUAAAACGUACGGCAAAAUCAUUGUCAUCCCAAGACCUGACUAUGGUUCGAGAUUCAUUUUGUGGAAGCAACUGAUCAAAAAGCAGGGAGGUGAGAUCACUAAGACCUUGGAUAUCAGCUCUCUCGCCAAAUUUUCUGACGGCUACACUCCAGGUGACAUGAUUCAGGUGAUCAAGCAUGUUGUCACCAAGCAGCGCAUCCGGUGGCAAGGAUUCAGACCGCUGGUUACUGCUGAGUUUGUUAGGCACUUCAAAAAGAUGGAUCCAGUAUAUAAGAAAAAGGAAGAGGCCCUGAAAAAGUGGUAUGCAAAGACCCCUCUGGGGAAAAAGAAUGUUGCUUUACAAAAGAAACUCGUUCAAAAUGACUAAAGCUGCGUUUCAACCUCCCAAAUGUCACAAAAACAUCUUUGAAUUUAAGCUGCAAGCUACAUUGAAUGUACCCCUGCACCCCUGUGCAUGUCGGCGCUUCCAAGCCUCUAGAAUGUCCUAGAGUUCUGGACGUAGCUCCCAUUGCUUCUCUUCACACUGUCAACUACAACCACUCUGUCAUGGAAGAAGGACCAUGGAUGUUGUGCAGGAGGACAUGAGGACAGAUGGUGUAACACAAGAGGACACAAAGGAGAGGACAAGAUUGAGGCAGAUGAUCCACUGUGGUGACUCGCCCCUAAAGAAAAGGUUACAGUACCACUAAAGCUCUAAUGAAACGUGAAGUUUGGGACAGGUUGGACAUGUCUUGUACCUCUCAGUCCAUAACUGGAGCACGCAACAAUGCGAUCGCUCUUAACCUCUGGUUUGGGCACCGCAGGGUGUGGAGGAGAGUCAGUGGGUUGUGGUCUGUAUAUACCACCAAUGAGGUCACUCCAGACUCAACAUAGAUGGUAAAAUAUUAAAUAUUGCAGGGCCCACAUAAAAUGAAGCACUCUGACC